ACGCCGCCGCCUCGGCUGCCCGGGCCUGGGACUGGGCGCGCCGCCUGCCCGCCAGCCCCGCACCCCGCUGGCGCUCGCGUGGACGCCGCGCUUGGCCCCCGACCCCAGCCCGGAGGGACGCGUUCCCGCGGUGGGACCCGCGGAGGCAGUGACAGGCCGCAGAUGUUUGCCAUCCAGCCAGGGCUAACCGAGGGGGGCCAGGUGCUGGGAGGCCCACCCCCAAGUCAGUCUGAGCCACAGUCAAAUGACAACUUCAACUUCAUGGCCCGUGCCAAGGAUGCCAAUGAGAAUUGGCACAAGAUGCAAGGCUCCGGGGAGCCCAUCCUAAUGAAGAGCUCGGAAGAGUUGCUCUCAGACAAGCAGGGUUUCCAAGCCCCUGAACUCCCUGAGGGGGGCAUCCGCAGCCCACCCGAGGGGGCAGAGAUCCCCAGAGCUGAGCCUGAGAAGAUGGGUGGGGCCGGCACAGUCUGCUCCCCUCUGGAGGACAACGGCUAUGCCAGCAGCUCCUUAAGCAUCAACAGCCCUAGCAGCAGCCCUGAGCCUGCCUGCGGGAGCCCCCAAGGCCCGGGCUCCACAGAUCCCCUCCUGCCCUCCGUGGCCCAGGCUGUGCAGCAGCUACAGGCCCAAGAGCGCUACAAAGAGCAGGAGAAAGAGAAGCACCACGUGCACUUGGUGAUGUACCGUCGCCUGGCCUUGCUGCAGUGGAUCCGGGCCCUGCAGCACCAGCUGGUUGACCAGCAGGCCCGUCUGCAAGAGAGCUUUGACACCAUCCUGGACAACAGAAAGGAACUUAUUCGCUGUCUCCAACAGAGAGCAGCACCAGCCAGGCCUCAGGACCAGAGCUAAGGGUGUGUCUCCACACAGGGGAACAGAGAUCUGUGUAUGUAGUUGCAGGCAUGUUUGCAGAUUGUGCUUAAGUAAUUUGAUGAUUAUUUGCAAAUAGUGUGAGCCUGCCAGUGUUAACAUGAAAGCAGGCCUGUGCAGGCAUGUGUGAGUGAGCACCUCUGGAUCAGCUCGUACGCGCUGUGUGUACACAUCUGGAACACACAGGCUAAUGUGGACAGGCCUCUGAGUGUU